AUGGGCGCUUUGGAUGAUGGACAUUUCAAUGCAGAGCUUGAGAACGGAGUGAAACUUAAUUGCCUUGAUCUGGGAUUUGAGGACCAACCUGAGACUGUAGCUAUUGAGGAUGCUGUGAAAGUUCUAUUGCAAGGUCUUGGUGAGGAUAUUAAUAGAGAAGGUCUUAAAAAGACCCCACUUCGCGUUGCCAAGGCGCUUCGAGAAGGAACCAAAGGUUACAAACAAAAGGUAAAGGAAAUUGUUCAAGGUGCAUUGUUUCCGGAAGUUGGUUUGGAUGAUGCAGUUGGUCAUGCAGGAGGAGCAGGCGGGCUUGUGAUUGUUCGGGAUCUUGACCUGUUUUCAUACUGUGAAUCUUGCUUGCUUCCUUUCCAGGUUAAGUGUCAAAUAGGCUAUGUCCCAUCUGGUCAGAGGGUUGUAGGAUUAAGCAAGCUCUCUAGAGUUGCUGAUGUGUUUGCCAAACGACUCCAAGACCCACAGCGUUUGGCAGAUGAAAUCUGCUCAGCUUUGCAUCAUGGCAUCAAGCCAGCUGGUGUUGCCGUCAUACUCCAAUGUUUGCAUAUCCAGUUCCCAAAUAUAGAGUCACUUUUUCUUGACUCCAGUCACCAAGGAUGGGCUAAGGCACUGGUCCAUUCAGGAUCAGGUGUUUUUGAAAAUGAAUUUGCUGAUGUUUGGGGUGAUUUUUUGAGUCUCCUGAAGUUCAGAGGUAUAAACGUGGAUAAAACUCAGAUGAAAAACUCGAUGCAGCAGUGUUGGUGUCCAUCCCAAUGUUCCUCAAGUGCUAAAGUUAUUGGACCACCCAACCCUGGAAUGGUUACAGCAGUUACUUCAAUUCUCAGCUCUUUGGGUGAAGACCCAUCUCGGAAAGAGCUUGUUGGAACUCCUAGUCGUUUUGUCAAGUGGUUGGUGAACUUCCAAAACGCAAAUCUGGAGAUGAAGCUGAAUGGCUUUGCUUGUGGCAGGAUGGAUCCUCUUAAACAAAAUGGGGAAGUCAGCCAUAAUAAACAACAGAUAUACACUGAGCUGAAUCUAUCAUUCUGGUCCCAGUGUGAGCAUCAUUUACUUCCCUUUUAUGGUGUUGUGCAUAUUGGGUACUACUGUGCUGAAGAAAUCACCCCUAUCAGUAAAUCUCUUUUACAGUCAAUAGUACAUUUUUAUGGUUUCAAGCUCCAAGUACAGGAAAGACUUACCAGGCAGAUUGCCGAGACUGUUUCAUCGUUGUUAGGUGGAGAUGUGAUGGUCGUUGUGGAGGCUAACCAUACUUGUAUGAUUUCCAGAGGUAUCGAGAAAUUUGGAAGUAGUACAGCCACAAUUGCUGUGCUUGGUCGAUUUUCGACCGACUCAGCAGCAAGGGACAUGUUUUUGCAGAACAUUCCAAAUCCUGCUUCUGGAAGAUCAUGA